AACUAUUGAGGAAACAGACUGAUAGGAACGAGGAGGGGUACAAUGCAACCCCUCUUUCUCCUUCGACAUUUUGUUUUGUGCACCUCCGUUAAAUACCUGUCUCUCGGAUGGGAACAAUGGUUGACUCCAGAGAUCGUCUUUCGGCGGGAUCGAUAUCGUGAAAAGGCAGGAGAAACAUUUAUUUUCGUUGGCAUAUAUUUCUUCUUUUUUUCUUUAAAGAUUUCGGUUGCCCUAUAUCAACAGCUAGGUAACAACUGUAGAGUCGAGGAUGACUUGAAAAGCUACAAUUCAAGAUUUGUGACAUAGUUGCACAAUUAUUUUACAUGAUUUGCAGCAAUUCUUUACUGUGGAAAGACGGGAUUACUAUUUCUUUAGUUGGAAAACUUCUCUUUUAAAGAAAUUUUAGUCUGCUGUCCCGUCGCUCUGUUGUCCAUCGUCGAUAGCCAGACUGAAGUUGUUGUAUCAAGAAUGUAAUAUUGUGACAAGUUUUACAUAAUCUUUAUUUGUGACUUCUUUGCACCACCAUUUUGCAGUUCAGGAAAUUUCCAACAUUUUUUGUAAAAUUUUCAACAAUUUGGAGGGACGCCUUUGCAUCGAACAAAUGACGAUGAACACGUGAAAUCAACUUUCCUGGGGAAACUAUAUAAUAAUCUUGAUGAGCAAGAAAGCCGAAAAAUGAUGACAAUACGAUGUAGGUGGGACUGUUUACGUCACUUUGGAGGUUGUAUGUUAAGGUUCUUCGAAGUGAUGUAGAUCCGAAAAUGCAACGUUCGUGACGGAUCAUGCGCCGUGUUCAAGAAUUGCACUGCUCGAAAACCACAUGCAUGGACAGAAUCCUAGCGCGAUUUGAAUUAGUUUGAUGACGACGAUGAUUUUUACAUUGUUAGUCACAUACAACCAUGACAUGACAUCGAAACACCGACAAUCGACGGAGGACGACAUCGGUCUCCCAGUCCUGCGAAAGUCGAUAUCCGAGCCACGGCUACUGAAGGACGUCGACGAUCACCGCUUCGAGAGGCAACAUCACAGGCAUGCCGUCUCGGCGACGCCGAGGAUACUGAACACAAACGGACUGUCACCUCGGCGACGUACGAUCGUUCUCAACCAUGACAAGGAAUUGCAUUCUCCCAAGGACGGCCCGACAGCAGUUGCUGCAGAUCGCAGCAUCGACAUGAUCAACCCGCGAAACUUUCCCGUCGUAAUGACGAAGAACUUCCUUCGACGGCGUGCAAACACUGCCGACAUUCAUGGCCAGGAAGAGACAACAAAUAACGGCCGACAAAACGGCAGACCGAGCGUCGACACGAACGGAAAAUACGGAUCCCCCGUCUCGGGAUCCGAGGCUAGCGACCGACCCCGAGGAUCCGUAACACGUGGAGAACAUGGAUCGAACCGUAUGCGGUCGCAGCUUGUAGAAGGGAAAAUGAAAAACUAUGUUGGCUUGCCCGACGUAUCUCCUUGGCGGAAGUCUGACGGGGGUAGUGUGCUUGCGGCGUUUCCUGGGAAUAAAUCCAACUUACGUGGAGGUCGGAGCUCGGCUAUUUCGUCCUGUUCAUGGCAGACAUACCCUCUUUCUUCAAGACCUUACAGCAAUCGAGGAUCUAAAUAUUUAAGAGGCGAUCGGCGGAUGUUACCAACAAAUGGAUUCAUCCCCCAAUCCAACAGCGGUUACCCCAGCAACACAAACUCUCGUAUACGAACUAGAUUUACUACUCCUGGUCAACGGGAACACGUGCCUCAUUUGAGCACCAACGAAGAUACAUCGGAUCCUAACAAUGCGACACAACUCCCCGCCGACGCGGUCACGCCCGAUCUCGUCGGCAAACCCACGACGGAGCUCCUCCAACGAAAACGGGCGACGACGGCGAACGACCUACAGCAGAAGAACGCGGCCAGCGAAUUCGUCGACGAACUGGUGGAGACGGUGAUCGAUGAGGACGAGAAUCGAAAUUUUCGCGUUCGUGAUUGGUUGUCGUCGUUGGAUAGUACGCUGUGCCAGAGAUACGCGAGGAGACAAAUGGCUAGUUUGAGGGAAUAUGAAUUGUCCAAUCAUAAAUCGUGAUAGCCAUUCAGUCAUUCCCAGUCUAAACGUAGUGUUGUUAGGUGUACACACCAGUCAUCGGUGUUAAAUUUUGUGACAAUUCAACACAUAUAGGUGUUAUUAAAACACCUUGACCUUGAGUUGUUUUUACACUCUUUGGUGUUGUGUUCAAUUUCUAGAGUGUAAUUUUACCACUUCAGUGUGUGGUCCUCAACAUUCCAGGGUCCCGUAACAAAAAGGUUAGCGAUUGAUCGUACGCUUGAUUUUUACGAGUGAUUGUACAUUGUAGUCAAUGCAAUCAAAGGUGGAAAAAUGUUCUACGAUCAUUGCUAAUCUUUGUGUAACUGGCCCCUGUAUUUACAGUAAUUACGGUGUGGUGUUAUCACAUUAUUCAAUUCAAUUCAAUUUUAUUUAUUUCACUUCCAUCAAACAAAAACAAAUUGUAUACCAUAUAUAUA